AUGUCUCUGGGUAUGCUGGCCGUGUACUCGCUGGUAUGCAUGUCCACUCUGGUGGACAUGUAUCCAUCCAAACCCGUCAUUCCCGUAGAAGAUGCGCCUGUCGAGGAAUUCGCCAAGUACUUCUCUGCACUCAGACACUACAUCAACCAAAUCACUCGACAGCGGUAUGGGAAAAGAUCCAGCCCUGAUAUGGUGUUCUCUGACCUGCUACAGAGGGAGAGCACAGAGAGCGUCCCAAUAACAAGCUAUGGAAGGUUCUUCUGUGUUGCCACAGGCAGGCAGGGCACCAGAUGA